AGUUGAGUUGGAGCGGAGUGCGGGCAGGCAAAGGCCGCAGGACACGCCGACCAGCAGCUUCUUUUCCGCCGCCUCGCCUCCCACACUUUUCCCUCUGCUGUGCUGGGUGCUCCGCUUUGCUCUGCUUGCCGCUCUCCGCCUCUCCCCGAUCUCCACUCGACUCGUGUUGGCUUGGCUUCCACUUCCAACUGACUCGACUGGAUUCAAGCGCCCGACAUCCGCGGAGACUUGGCCGCGAGCCUGCGUUCGAAUCCUGAGGACGAGAUCGCCAGAGCCGCCGGGACCGAUCGAGUUCCGGCUGCCAAUGCCGGCUCUGCUCUUGCUGCUCCUGUUGGCCGCGGCGCCGGCGCCGGCGCGGGCGGGAGACCCGUACUCCUACUACGACUGGGAGGUCUCCUACAUUUCGGCGCAGCCCCUCGGCGUCAAGCAGAAGGUGAUUGGCAUCAACGGCCAGUUCCCGGGCCCUCCCCUGAACGUGACCACCAACUGGAACGUGGUGGUGAACGUCCGCAACGCGCUGGACGAGCCGCUGCUGCUCACCUGGAACGGCGUGCAGCAGCGCAAGACGGCGUGGCAGGACGGCGUGCUCGGCACCAACUGCGCCAUCCCCGCCGGGUGGAACUGGACCUACACGUUCCAGGUCAAGGACCAGGUCGGCAGCUUCUUCUACUUCCCCUCCACGCCGCUGCACCGCGCCGCCGGGGGCUACGGCGCCAUCACCAUCAACAACCGCGACGUCAUACCCAUCCCCUUUGCCUUUCCCGACGGGGACAUCACGCUCUUUAUCGGUGACUGGUAUAACCGUGGGCACAGGGAGCUCAGGAGCGCGCUCGACGGGGGCACCCUGCUGGGCGCCCCUGAUGGUGUGCUCAUCAAUGGAUUGGGACCCUAUCAGUACAACGAAUCCGUGGUUCCACCAGGGAUUGUCUAUGAGAGGAUCAAUGUCGAGCCAGGGAAAACUUACAGGUUUCGGGUACACAAUGUUGGGGUCUCAACAAGCCUCAAUUUCAGGAUCCAGAACCAUAACCUGCUCCUUGUUGAGACAGAAGGCUCCUACACCUCGCAGCAGAACUACACCAACCUGGACAUCCAUGUUGGCCAGUCCUACUCCUUCUUGGUCACCAUGGACCAGAAUGCCAGCACUGAUUACUAUGUUGUUGCAAGCGCACGCUUUGUUGAUGCAGCUGUUGUGGAUAAAUUGACCGGUGUUGCUAUUCUCCAUUACUCUAACUCCCAGGGUCCAGCCUCUGGCCCUCUUCCAGAUCCUCCGAACGAUCAGUAUGACACGGCGUUCUCUAUAAACCAAGCAAGAUCCAUCAGAUGGAAUGUUACAGCUAGCGGUGCCCGCCCAAAUCCACAGGGCUCAUUCCAUUAUGGUGACAUUACUGUAACAGAUGUGUUCCUGUUGCAGAGUAGAGCACCUGAGCUCAUAGAUGGAAAACUGCGUUCUACUCUCAAUGAGAUUUCUUACAUUGCACCCUCAACCCCUUUGGUGCUUGCACAAAUAUUUAAUGUCCCCGGAGUCUUCAAAUUGGAUUUUCCUAAUCAUCCUAUGAACCGACUACCAAAAGUUGACACAUCUAUUAUAAAUGGCACUUAUAAGGGAUUUAUGGAGAUUAUAUUCCAAAAUAAUGCCACAAAUGUUCAGAGCUACCACUUGGAUGGCUAUGCAUUCUUUGUUGUUGGGAUGGACUAUGGUCUAUGGACAGAAAAUAGUCGCGGUACUUAUAACAAAUGGGAUGGUGUUGCACGCUCUACAAUCCAGGUAUUCCCUGGAGCUUGGACAGCUAUUCUUGUGUUUCUGGACAAUGCAGGCAUAUGGAACUUGCGUGUUCAGAACCUUGACACCUGGUACUUGGGUCAAGAAGUGUACAUAAAUGUGGUUAACCCAGAGGACAGCAGCACCACUCUUCCGGAUAACGCAAUUUUCUGUGGUGCACUCUCAAGCCUACAGAAAGAACAAUCACAUAGAUUCCAAUACUCAAAAGCUGCCCCAGUUCCACAAUGGGGAGAAACAAUUUCUCUCCUGGUUUUGUUGGCAUGCUUUGCCCUUUGGUCGCUAUGAUUCAACCCCCACCUAAGUUGUCUAUUGAGGUCAGUAGGGGGGCACUGCUACAAUGGACAUGGAAGGCAGUGUGGAUGAUGUUAGAUUAUUUUCUGAGGACUCCGAUUCUUGAUUUGGUUACGCUCGUGUGGUUUGAUGCAACUCCCAAGAGUGGGAGAUUUGCAGAGGUGGAGUAAGUUUUGUUUUUUCCCCUCCAGAAGUGUAGGUAAAUAAUGCGCUUGGUGUUGCCGGGUGAGUUGAUUGUUUUCGUGUUCUGUAUGUAAUUUGACUGGUUAAUUAAGACCACUAUGUUGUACUUAUUACACAGGUUGAGUGUUGUUAGGACUCCGA